GUCGAGACGUACUCAUACGAUGCAAACUGCUCGGUAAGCCUUUUGUCGUCACUCCAACAAGUGGCCAUCCAAUACCUAUCUUGACCACAGACGUCCAAGGACAUGCAAAGCGGCCGCAAGUACAAUAAUAGACUCGCUGAAAGCUGACUCGGAGCGAGUAGCCUUGUCUAACCCAAGUUGCGACGUGCGCCGGCCCGUGAUGGUGUAUCGGCAAUUGAAUCACAUCAUUCUGACUCAGCACUAUUAACCCAGUUUCACACUCUCACCAAUACCGCGCUCUACGACAAUGUCCGCCGCCUCCGAAAUCAAGGUCCCCUUCUUUAAAAAGGGCAAGACACGACCGACAACUGCGCGCAAACGGUCUCAGUCCCCCGCACCCAGUGGACAGCCUGUAGCAUCCACGUCUUCUACCACUGUGGUGCAUCCAACGCGCAAGACAGGCAACAGUGUCCUGAGCGCAGGCUCCAAGCGUACCACGUCGCAGCGUGCUGAUGAUAACGACAUAGGGGACGAAGACGAGAAUGAACGGAAGAGAAGGGAGGAUUAUCAAGGGCCGGCGGUGAACUGGUCCUCUGCUGGUAGCAAAUCGCAUAUCGCUGCAGCCCUGGAAAUCAUCGCCGGUGAUGAGGCUGAGGAAGUCCUCGCUAAAAGGCGACGGCUGGCUGAUGUCGAUGGCGAUGCCGACGCGGGUGGAGCCGAUGACGGGAAGUACCACGGGCAGAAAGGUUAUACAACGCAUUUGAAGAAGAGUUCGGAAGUGCCGAAGGCCAUGCGAGUCGGCCCUCAACGCAGCACAAGCACAAUCCGCACAGUUACAAUCGUGGACUACCAGCCAGACGUGUGUAAGGAUUAUAAGGAGACAGGGUAUUGCGGCUUUGGGGAUACUUGCAAGUUCUUGCAUGAUCGAGGGACAUACCUUGCGGGGUGGCAGCUCGAUAAACUCGCCGAAACAGCUGCCAAAGAUGCUGCUGCAGGCGGUGACGGGGACUCCUCAGACUCCGACGACGAGGACAUUCCAUUUGCGUGCUUGAUCUGCCGCAAACCAUACACAGAUCCAGUCGUCACACGCUGUGGCCAUUACUUCUGUUCUGCAUGUGCAAUCAAGCGCUUUGCGAAGACCCCCAAGUGCAUCGCAUGCGGGGCGCCAACGGGCGGAAUAUUCAAUCGUGCAGAUAAGGUGUUGGAAAAGAUUAGGAAGAAGAAGGGGUCCGGUGGGGACGGCUCGGAAGACGAAGCAGAGGAAGAGGGUGUAGAUGUAGAGAUUGGCACCUAACGAGUGCCUUUUACACCAUCACGGUCUUGGCUCGCACUAGAAGAAACCAUAUCUUUGUGCUGAAAGAUGCAAGUUGCAAGCUACAUCUAUAUUCUUGUUAAUUACCAGAUGCACAGUGCACAGACUGAAAGACUUAACAUCUCCGAUCAAAUUUCAUAGUGAUCACAUCACGUUAUGCGCAUUGCAUCACGCAGCGC